UACACGGAGGCACAUGAAACAAAGGCUAGCCAUUGGUCUCGCGCACUAACUCGCCGGCUGACAAAAGCACAGACGUACUCAUGCGGCUGUCAACAAGGUAAAGCUCUCUACCCCACCGGCAAACGCUCUUUGCUGAGUUGUUGACUAUUAGCCUAGCAUUCACUCCUCGACCAUGAGAUCCCUACGUUUUAUUGCGGCGGAGAGCUUCGUGUGUAGCGGCUCAAGCGCUCAUGAGAACAUCAGCUGCCUCUCCCACAACCUGUACCCCCUGCUCUUCAAAGCCGCCUACCUGCGAGAGGAGGCCGCGUUUCUGCACGACCUUGUCCAGACCUGGCCUCUUCCCCAACUAAACCUCAAGCGGCUGCUGGAACGUACAAGUGACUGUACAGAAGACCUCACCUCACGGACAUGUCGCAUAUGCCUUGAGGCGGUCCUCACGGGGCUUCGGGACUAUGUAUUGAGCCCACAAACCACUUAUGUUAAAUCUCUGCGACUUGCCGACUUCACGGGUUUACAGGACCUGGAGCGGCAACCGUGCAAAUGUGGGAAAACACUAGGCCGCUGGGCACGUACAGAGCUUAUGACCCGAAUGUGUUAUGAGGCUAUGGUGGCCAUGCAAGCCGGUACAGCAGCUCCGUCAGCAUUCGACACAGAGAUAGACGUGCGCAUGGAGGCUUUCGUCACGGGCCGUAGUUUUGAAGUGGUGUCGCAGGCACUAAUUCUUCGGAAGCACUGUCCACUAAAAUUGCACUGCGUCUUUCUACGUGCCGACUCACUUUCCGUAAGGAAUCUGGUUUAUUUCAUGCGGCUCGCCGAGCCCGAGGCGCUUGAGAAAUUGGAGGUGGUCCAUAACGUACACCUUGAGGCGCCGCACCUGGAGGUCAUCCUCUCCAAGAUGAACUUAAGAGAACUGCGAUCCCUCACGCUCCCCGCUCGAGCUCUGGACGUGAGGCGGCUCGGACCUGAGGACAGAGAGUUGUUCGCGGUCCUGGGAGAUUUGUUGAGUAAGCUGACACACCUGAGGGAACUAUACCUGGGCUUCUCAACUCUAACAGGACACCUUCGAAGACUACUCAGCCCUUUGAACACUCCUCUCCAGUGUUUGGAGCUUGCUAACUGCGCUCUGACAGCAAUUGAUAUGGCCUACCUGGCAAACAGCCUACACAGUGAGCACUUGGUUCGCCUGGACCUGAGUGGGCAUGUGGUGGGUGACCUCUUCCCGAACACCUUUCGGAAACUCCUCCACCGCUGCGCCGGCACGCUGUGCAGCCUCGGACUGGAGGACUGUGGUCUGGAGGACGAUCACCUGGAGCAGCUCCUGGUGGCUUUGGCUCCUUGUGACUGCCUACAGGAGCUCAAGAUGCUGGGCAACCCGCUGACCUGGGCUGCCCUCCGGAGGAUUUUUAACAUGCUUGCCCAACGCUACCCUGCACUCAGGUACAUAGAGCUCCCAGUGCCACGAGAUUGUUACUCUGAAAACGUCACCUAUCCUCUAGACGACAGCACACUGUUGCAGUACGACCGGGAGAAGUUCCGUGAGGCCCGGGCCGAGCUGGUAGGCAUCCUGGAGCAGGCUGGGAAGGGCCACGUGGAGGUGUGCUCUCCGCUUUUAGGCGUGUACGACGCCGACAUCAACGAGACGUCCAACGAGCUCGGGGUGUUCAUGGUGAAUUCUUUCAAAGACGUUGUGGGCAAUUUCAUUGACACAGUCGCAGAGGUGGAUGAGAGGAGAUCGCAGGCCGACUGAAGAGUGAAUUUGGAGAAAGACAGGAGAUGAUGGGGUGUCUACUGAUAAAGGAACAUGUGGGGAUGGAGUGAAUUUGGGAAGGUUAAGAAAAAGAACUUGGAUGGAGGGCAGAUCCUAAAGGAGUGGUAUUCCUGAGAAUAGUAGGUGGAUUUUAAGUGUGCAAACAGAUACAUGCACUGCAGCAGAUGGAGAACAAAGGUAUGCGAGCAGAUGCAUAGACUUGCACAAAACCAAGAUGGAGCAAUAACAUUAACUGAAAGAUUUUUUAUUCUGUGUGGCUACAACCUGCCGAGGAAGUGUUUGCAGAAUAGGUGGAGCACCGUCAAUAUCGCUUCCACACUUAGCUGCUAAGAUGUUCAUUAAGAAUAAAGAUGAUGCAAUUGCAGUUAAGUGACAGGGUGCAGAGUUAAAGCCAAAAUGUUCAAUAUUGUAGAUGGAAUGUACAAUAGAUAAGAAUGUAGAUAGAUAGAUUUUGAAAUGGUCCUAAAUCUUGGGACACUACAGGUCACAAUAGCAACGAAUCCUUUUGUAUUUGAAAUCAUCAAUACUUUAACAGAUGUGUUAAUGCUUUGGCUUUUUUCCAUAUCUUUGGAGAUGUAAAUGUUUUGGAUUAUAAUGCAAACUCAGAAUAAACCUGUUCAGUGUGG